ACAGUUGAAUCAUGCUAUUUAACUGACAGGACUUCUCAUUUCUAGCCAUAAGCGAAAAAAAUGGAAAAAUUAAAUGUAUUCUUGUGCAUUCUCGUGUUGUUGUUAUUCAUAAGUUUUUGUCAGGGAACUAGAUCUGGAACUUGGUGUGUAGCAAAUGGAUCUGUAACUGAUUUGGAAUUAUCAGCUUAUUUGGAUAAAGAAUGUGAAAAACCCGUCCGCUGUAGAGGCAUAGAGCCAGGAAAACCUUGUUAUCUCCCUCCGACACUUCACAGUCAUGCAUCAUAUAUGCUUAACCUUGAGUAUAAGAAAGGCAGUGGUACAUGUCCGGAGAAACUCGGCAUGAUAAUAGAUAACAAUCCUUCUUAUGGAAAUUGCAAGUAUCACUGAAGUUUCUCAAGAAGAGAGUUCUCUCAAUUAGUGCAUGCAAAGUGCUUUAAUUUGUAUAAAUAGUUCUAAUUAUGAACCAUCACUAAAUAAAAAAUGAUAGCUCCUUAGAUCGUCUAUUUAUCAUUUUCGCAAAUGUAUAGUAGAUGAUCAUCUAUUUAGUUUCUUUAUGGAAUAUCUUUGAGAAAUUAUAAUCGUCUUUUGAUCUAAAUUUUAUAAAUGUGAGAUUUUGGUUUUA